CUCACCUCUGAACAGAAGCCCACCCUCCACCCCUGACACCAUGACCCACUGUUGCUCCCCUUGCUGUCAGCCUACGUGCUGCAGGACCACCUGCUGCAGGACCACCUGCUGGAAGCCCACCACUGUGACCACCUGCAGCAGCACACCCUGCUGCCAGCCCGCCUGCUGUGUGUCCAGCUGCUGCCAGCCUUGCUGCCGCCCAACUUGCUGUCAAAACACCUGCUGUAGGACCACCUGCUGCCAGCCCACCUGUUUGACCAGCUGCUGCCAGCCUUCCUGCUGCAGCACACCCUGCUGCCAGCCCACCUGCUGUGGGUCCAGCUGCUGUGGCCAAACCAGCUGUGGGUCCAGCUGUGGCCAGAGCAGCUCCUGUGCACCUGUGUACUGCAGAAGAACCUGCUACUACCCCACGACUGUCUGCCUGCCUGGUUGCCUAAACCUGAGCUGUGGCUCCAGCUGCUGCCAGCCCUGCUGCCGCCCAGCCUGCUGUGAGACCACCUGCUGCAGGACCACUUGCUUCCCGCCCACCUGUGUGUACAGCUGCUGCCAGCCUUCUUGCUGCUGAUCACGUUCCAAGAGAACCACCAUCCUCACAUGACAACUUUCUGCUCAACUGACUCAUCUUUUGGGGGACUAAUUUAAUUUGCUGCUGACAGCCACCAUGCUCUCACCCAAAUUUUUAUGAAUUCUCUACAUGUUUAAAAUCUUGGGAAUCUACUUGAGGGAGGGCAGAAUACUUCAUCUUGAUUCUCUUUUUCCUUACACCUUGUGGAUCAUGUGCCAGUUUCGUCUGUUCUCAAUUUUGAGUCAUGGUCUCAGCUUUGACUCUAAAGUCAAGAGCUUCAUUCUCUGCUUCUGAGGAAUUUAGGCUUCUGCAACUGAUCAAUGAUCUUUGCAAUCUUUUUUUUUUUUGUUUUCAAUAUCCUCCUCAUCGUUCUUGUAUCCUUCUUUCUUCUUUUCAUGAUAAAUUUGGGUUGUGUCCCUGGUAGCAGAGAUCCUUACCUGUAUGUUUCUGAAUAAAUUCUGAACCAUCCUCAUCUCA